UCAGCAGUAAGAAAGCAGCAUCCUGUAAUCAGGUCACAUUUCACUGAAGACUCAGCAUCCAUCUCUGGCCGUUAGGAGCAGAGGACGCUGUUAGCCAGUCUUCGCUGCUGACCCAUCCCAGAAGAGGAGCGAUGGUGGUCGUGAGGGACAUGGGGCGCCUCCUCGUCCCGCUCGUGAUGCUCGUGGGGGUUUCGAUGGAGGACGACGUGAAGAGCGGGAAAGACGCGGAGAAGAGCGGGAAUUUCAUGGAAGACGAGCAGUGGCUGUCCACCAUUUCCCAGUACAGCCGCAAGAUCAAGCACUGGAAUCGCUUCAGAGACGAUGAUUACAUCAGAUCAUGGGAUGAAAGUCAAGGCUCGAAUGAAAAUGUGGACACCACUAAGGACCCCUGCCAGAAGGUGAAGUGCAGCCGGCACAAGACAUGUGUUGCCCAGGGCUACCAGCGUGCUGUGUGUGUCAACCGCAAGAAGUUGGAAUACAGGCUGAAGCAUCCAGUGUCAGGACAGCAGGAGAACAGCUGCAAGCCCUGCCCUGUGUCUUCUUCUGGACCUGUGUGUGGUUCUGAUGGACAUAAUUAUGCUUCCCAGUGUAAGCUCCAGCAGCAGGCGUGUCUCUUGGGGAAGGAGCUGAGUGUGAAGUGCACUGGUCCCUGCCCAUGUUCCCCAACAGCUGCGCCGAGCACAGAGACAGACAGCAAACACGAGAGCUGCACAGGCCAGGACCUGGCAGAUUUGGGGGAUCGCCUGCGGGACUGGUUCCAGCUGCUCCAGGGCAACGCCAAGCAGAACAGCACGAGCAAGCCUGCAGCCAGCUCUGCAUCAAUUUUGGACCGCACUCUUGUGGCAACCUGUAAGGACUCCAUCGGAUGGAUGUUCUCAAAGCUGGACACUAACAGUGACCUUUAUCUGGACCAGGCUGAGCUAGCCGCUAUUAACUUGGACAAGUAUGAAGUGUGCAUCCGGCCUUUCUUCAACUCCUGUGAUUCCUAUCGUGAUGGCAAGGUGUCCACAGCUGAGUGGUGCCUCUGCUUCUGGAGAGAAAAGCCUCCCUGCCUGGCUGAGCUAGAGAGGAUCCAAAUGCAGGAGGGAGCCAAGAAGAAGCUGGGUACAUUCAUUCCCAGCUGUGAUGAGGACGGCUAUUACAGGAAGCUGCAGUGCGACCAAAGUAGGGGGGAGUGCUGGUGUGUAGACCAGCAUGGAGGAGAGCUAAUGGGCUCCAGAAUCCAUGGCAACCCUGACUGCGAUGAGCUGGCUGGCUACUCAGGUGAUUUCGGCAGCGCGGUGGGCUGGGAGGACGAAGAGGAGAAAGAAACAGAAGACAAUGGCGAGGAGGCUGAAGAAGAGGAGGGGGAGGUGGGGGAAGUGGAUGAUGGUGGAUACAUUUGGUAGACCAAAACAAAAUGGCUGCCUGGUCAAAUAUAGCUUUCCUCUGACCGCUGGUUCAGAGACAGCUCCAUCUCUUGCUGACACAAAAUGGUGGAACCUGGAGGGUUGGACAUCUUUAUACUGCACUCCAAACAGCAUUGACUUGGGGGGAGGGGUGGCUGGGUAAUGAUAGCUAUAGUGACAUUAUGGGUUUGGGAAAGAGUUCCAAUAAUGGUCCUAUAAAUACUUGGGAAACAUCUUUUUUUCUUUGUCAUAUGUGCAAGAGUACUCCUGGUAAAACGUCUAUAGCAUCAGCGAUCACAAGCUCAAAUCUAGAAGCUUGAUAAAUGGACAGAUUUUUUUUCUUUUUAGAUAAACUGGAGCUUUGCCCAUGCUGUACAGUGUGCUUCACUUCAUCUGUGACGUUGGACAUGUUAUGCAAGAAGCAUAAUAAAUAAAUACACACUUUUACCACUAGAUAUUUGGAAAUGGUACAUUUUAGCCUCAGAGUUUUCCAGUAGCCUACAGAUUCAUGUGAUAAAACUGCAAGUGAAAUGAGGUGGGCUAUUACAAGCCUAAUACAUUACGUCAGAUUCUUUGGAUUUUCCAUUUGUCAUCAGUGUGUUCCAUUAAGACCAACAUUAGGUGGGGUCUGGUCACUUCAAACCAUCUGUAUGAUCAUUUCUUGGCCUUUGAAGUGCACAUCAAUUACAGGCUUAAUUGUCCCCAUGUAGCUACGCUGGUUAGAGCACAGCAGAUAUAGAGCUCACUACAAUGACGGCCAAAAGCUAGUGCCAAAAUUACCCUGGAAGCUACAGCCACAUUUCUGCCGUCCUGGUAACCAACACAUUAUCUGGCCACCAACAGCCUCAUCAAUUCAUAGGGCAGCACAAGAAAUAUUCUCUUAUUUGUAAGUGGUCAUUUUUAUGUUGUUCAGCUUGCAUUCAUUUAGUAAUCUGGGAAACUUCAUAACGUGUUUUGUUUGUCACUGCAGAUUUAAGGCCAUUCUGUGAGUAGAGUUAAGUGGACACUGUUGCCUUAUUUUCUCCCUAAUACAUUUCUAUCAUAACACAGUUAUUUGAUAGAAACAUUUUUUUCAAGGCAUUCUGGUGUACUUCAUCAACUAUAAAUCCAACUGAAACUGGAUAUGCUAAAGCAUUACAUUUUAUAUCAUAUAAACAUGUCCUUGUUCUCUUCUAUGAAAUGGAGUCGUCAAUCUUUUAAAACACAUUUUCCAGUCUCAGAUUUCUGCCAUAAUGGAAUCUGCUUAAACAAAAGUAGUUUAAGCUGAAAUGAUUUACCUCUGAGGCAACAGCAUGUCACUAUGAAUACAUGUAUGAAUAGCAGUGUGGAGAAUAAGAUUUGCAACCUGACAAUACUCCCCCCUCAGACACCCAGAGGCAUCAGUCUGUCUUCAUAUCUAUCUGCUAAUCAGAUCCUCUCAUCAUCCAUGGUGAAAUAUGAUUCUGUGUAAUGUUACUAGGUGUAAAUAUUUUUGCUGCAAGGGUUUAUAGUCUUGGUUUACAGUGGAAAAACAAUACAUUCAUAUAUCAUACACUUGCAGUAAGACAUUUUUAGUAUAAACGCUGUUUCUGUGUUUCUGGGAUAAAAUGUCUUUAUAGAUUUUCAGGAUGACUAUGGUGUUAGCUCAUUUAGCAAGAAAUCAUCAUACCCGAGUGAUUUCAUGCAUACAAAAAUACCUGAGCCAUUUGCAAUAAACACGGUGCACUUAUGCUCGCCCACUGAAACAAUGAUGCUAUACUCAGACAUGCCUUGUGAAAACACAGCUCUGAAGAAUGCUUUUCUUGGUCUCUGCUCACCAUGAAGGACAUUAGCAUUGCAUGUAUUACUUCAUAGGCAGAGCUCAAAUGAAUAUGAAUUAUAGAUUUUAUCUGGUAUGGUAAUACAUUCAGAUGGACCCAGACUGGAAGCUCUAAGUAGGACUGCAAGUAUGCAUCUCAUUCGAUGCCAUUUUUAUCUCGGAAAUAAACACAUUCAGCAGAUAAACAGCAGAUAACCUGUAUUUGACAAUGACAUUAUUUUCAGUAAGAACAAGUGAUAAGGUAUUAGUUUGCAUUAAAUGAAAGCUUAAUCUUUAUCCAUAUCACUGUAGCCUGACUGUGAGGAUAUAAUUGUUUUUAUGAUGUCUUACUCAACAGUGUAUAGGAGUGUGCCACCUGAUGCUCUUCAAUGUGGAUUAGCCAGCAUAUGAUUGCAUUGACUAUAAAUACCAUCAUUGUAAAUACUUGGAUUAUACAGAUAAAGUGUAUUUGCCCUGGCAGUUGCAUUAUAUUUGCAUUUAGAUGCAUGUUUUUUGUCCAAAUGUCUUUUUUUGCCUCAGUAUGAUUAUGAUUAAAGGCACUGGGCCCAAGUACUGUA